GGCGGCACUUCCGGGAACGCGGCGGGAGCGCGGCCGGAGGGACCGGGAGAGACCGGGGGGAACCGGGGGGGAACCGGGAGAGGCCCGAGGGGUCCGGGCGGGGCCGAGCCGCCCCCGGCACGUCCCGCAGCGCCUCGGGGCCGAUCCCAGUGUCGUUCCCGUUCCCGAGGCCGUUCCCGGUUCUGGGCCCCGGUGCGGCCGCCAUGGGCCGCCGCAAGUCGAAGCGAAAGCCGCCGCCCAAGAAGAAGAUGACGGGGACGCUGGAGACGCAGUUCACGUGUCCCUUCUGCAACCACGAGAAGUCCUGCGACGUCAAGAUGGACCGCGCCCGGAACACCGGGGUGAUCUCGUGCACCGUGUGCCUGGAGGAGUUCCAGACCCCCAUCACCUACCUGUCGGAGCCUGUGGACGUUUACAGCGACUGGAUCGACGCCUGCGAGGCGGCCAACCAGUGACACCGGGAGGGGACACCGGGAGGGGGGGACGCGGCCCUGUCCCCGGUGCCGCCCCCGGGCCCGGUGUGGCGGUGACAUUUCCCCCCCCCAGCCCCCGUGACUCGUCCCUGUCCCCUCGGGGACACCGGGCCGGGGGUGGCGCCCGGUUUGGGGAGAGCAGCGCGGCAAUAAACGGGCCGGGAUGGUGGCCUUGGUGUCC